AUGGAAGAUUAAGUUAAGAGAUUACAAAAUUUAGUUGAACAUCUUUAUAGAAAGAAUAAAAUCAACAAUUCUAAACUUGAUUCUGAAUGUUAUGAGGUUUUCUCUGAAUGUGUACUUAUAGUAUAAAAGGAAAUAAGUGUUGAAAUUGGUAAUGUUAUGGAUAAACUCUUUAUUCUUAUGAGAGAGAUGUUUGAAUCUGCUCAAUCUUAAAUUAAACCUCAUCCUUAACCUAAACCUAUUCUCUUAACACCAUAAAUACCUGAUUUUAUUAAUGCACUCUAAUUAGGAAGUGUAGCUAUUUUUGAUUAAUUGGGUACUCCUUAAUAAAUCAAAAAUUAUCAACAAAUUCCUUGGUGUGAUUAUAAAUGUAAAGGUUAAGCAACCAGAAAUUUAAGAACUUAUCAUGAUGUAGGUACUAGUACUAUAAUUGAUUACUAUUAAAAUUGUUAGAAAGCAUCAAGUGAUCUUUUACAGAAAGAAGAAGAAAUGAGAGAAUGGUUAGAAUAUACAAAUGAUACUAUCACUAUGCUUAGUGAAGCUUUGGCUAAUAAAAAACAAUUAGAUAUUGAAUUCUAAGGAAAACCAGAAGAAUUAGAUUUAGUUAUAUCAGAUAUUCAAUUUAGAAGACUAAAUUUGGAAUCAAUAUUGAAAUAAGUCAAUCUAGAAACCUUUGGUGUUCAAAAUUAUGAUCAUACUGUUUAAUUUCUCUUAUCACAUAUUCAUCAUAUUCAAUAAUAAACUGCUAUUGCUAUUAUUCAUCGUUAUAAAUAGAAACAUUAAGAAAAAGAAAAGUAAUAGUAAAUGAUGAAUGACAUGAAAGCAAAACUUAAGAAAAAAACACAUAAUAACAAAGAAGAUUGUAGAUGUUCUUAAUAUGUUAAUGAAAUUAUGAUUUUAAAAAAUAAAUUAGAAUCUGCAUUAAACGAAAUCUCUAAAAAAGAUAAUUAAUUAUUAGAACUUUAGGUUAUUAAUGAAUAAAAAGAUAUGCAGUAUAGAAUGAUGCAUACAUAACUCUAAUAGCUUGAAAGUGAAAAAUCUGAAUUUAAAUAAAAAUUAGAUAAUAUUGUUAGAGAAUAUUCUAAAUUUGUUAAAAAAAAUAGUGAUAGAGAAAGGGGAUAUGUUUCAUCUAGUAGUAAUGAUGAAAUACUUAUAAAUGCUGUCUCAGGAAAUCCUAGAACUACAAGUCGAGAUUAAUCUUAAUAGUAGUCAUCAAAAUAAUAAAUAUAUUUGACUUCAAAAGAUAAUUUUAAUAUUUAGAAGAAGACAUAAUAAAUGGAGAGAUUAGUCAAAUUAGUAAAUGCUUUGGAUGGAAAUAAUCAAACAAGAAGAUUAACAUAAAUGUAAUUUAUAUUAGAAUAGAAGGCAAGUUCUUAAAUUCAUGAAUUAGCAGAUUUAAUUAAAGAAAUUGAAGAAAACGAUUUAUUGUAGAAUGACAAUCUUGAGAAUAGUUAGAUUUCAAAUAAUAUAGAUCCAUAAUCAUCAAUGAGAAAUUUAGAUUAUAAACUUAAAUAAAGUAAUAUAAGUAGGAAUUUACAUUAGAGUUCAUUUGAAAUUGAAACUAGUAAUGAUAAACCUGCAAUAAAAGUUAGUGUACCAACAGAAUAAUUUUCAUAUUAAUAAUAGAUAACAAGCAGUAGAAAUAUGUCUUCUGCUAGUAGUAAUUAGAAAAAGUUGGACUCUUUUGGUUAAUUAACAAAUAAAAUGGAUGUUCUUAAGAUAGUGAAUACAUCUCCAAAUUAAUUGACACCACAUUAUCCACUUUCAAAAGCAAAGUCAUCAUAAAAUAUUAAUAUGAAUAGAUAAAGUUCAAUAAAAUCAGAAAAAAAGUAAUAGAAUAUAAAAUAGAAUGAUGUAAAAGAUAGGAAAGAAACAAAAGAGUAAUCAGUAUAGACUGAUAUAGGAAUGACAUCAAAUUUAUUUUAGACAGAGAAAUAAAAUAGUUUAUUGUAAGAAAAUGAAUAAAUAGAGAAUGUCAAGUUUAAAGGAUCUAAUAGUAAAAACAAUUCUUAAUAAUAAUUGACAACAAGUAGUACUUUUAAUUUUAAUUCAGCUGGAACAGUAGGGAUAGGUAAUCUUAAUUCUCCAAUACAAUCAAAUACGAAUUCAAAUUUACCAUCACCUCGUAAUUAAUAAUCAAUUCAUUAGACAAAUGUUUUUCCUUCUCCAUAAUCUUCAAUACACAAAAGUAAAAUACAAAUAGUGAAACGUGAAUAAGAAUAGAAUAGUCAAUAAUAGUAGGAUGAGAAGAAUUAAGCAAAGAGAAAGUCUUUGAAAUAAAAAAUUUAUGAAUAAUAAGAGGAGAAACAUUUAAAUUUAUAACAUAGAAGGAUGUAUACUACAACAGGUACAUAAUCUUAAAAUAUAUCACCUCGUGAAUAUUAUACUCCAAGAAAUAAAACAAAAGAUGAUCUUGUUUUAAAUAAAUUAUAAUUAGAAUAUGACGAUAAAUAAGAAGAAGAGAAAUUAAUUUUUGAUUAAAUAACAAAUGAGAUUCCUGAAUUGAAUGAAUAAGAUAUAAUAUAAAAGGCAAUUAAUAGAACUCCAGGAUAUGAAUUGGGUUAAGAAAUAAAUGAUAAAGUUUUAGAAACAAUGUUUGGAAAUCUUAGUAAGACUCCAGAAAUAGUUGAUAGAAUAAUUUAAUUAAAUAAGAAUGGUUAAUUAAAUUUUAAUGAGUUUAAAAGAUUUAUAAAUAGGAUGUAAGCAUAUCAUAAAAGAUGUGGAAAAGAAUGUAAUCAUUUAAUGAGGUAUAUAUUUAUGUUUAAUGAAUAAUAUAGAUUUUAUUUGAGACUAGGAUUCGUAUCGAUGAAGUACCUGAAUAAGAGAAGAUUGUUAAAAUUGGGCAAGCCGACGGUUCUCCCUGGUUUCAAAUGAUUA